AUGACGCUCACACAGCUCGUUGUGGCUCUGAUUUUAGGGGCUGUUCCCCAAGUGGUCAGCCUUGAUCCGAGCCUCAGUUCUUCCCCCCACCUUCUCACUCCGCAGCAGCAACAGCAGCAGAAGACGCCUCCACCUCCCCCUGUCCGGCGCCUUCCUUGGGCACUAGCAGCCCCGCGCCUACACUUAGUCCUUGCAGCGCCCAGGUCCCGGCUGCACCCGGGGGGCUGCCCUGCCGGUGAGCCGUGGGUCAACGUGACAGACUUCGGCGCCGCUUGUCUACGCUGGGCAGAGGUGCCACCCUUCCUUGAUCGGUCGCCCCCGACGGGUUGGUCUCAGUUGCGCGGGCAGCGCCACAACUUUUGUCGGAGUCCAGACAGCGCGAGCCGCCCCUGGUGCUUCUAUGGGAACGCCCAAGGCAAAGUGGACUGGGGCUACUGUGACUGCAGGCAGGGGUCAGUACGACUUCGUGGUGGCAAAAAUGAGUUUGAAGGCACAGUGGAAGUGUUUGCGAAUGGUGCUUGGGGAACAGUUUGUGGCAGCCACUGGGAUGAUUCAGAUGCAUCAGUUAUUUGUCACCAGCUGCAGCUUGGAAGAAAAGGAGUAGCAAAACAAACACCGUUCUCUACGUUCUCUACGCUGGGCCUUAUUCCCAUUCAUUGGAGUGAAGUCCGUUGCCGAGGAGAUGAAGAAAACAUACUGCUUUGUGAAAAAGCUAUCUGGCAGGGUGGGGCAUGUCCUCAGAAGAUGGCAGCUGCUGUCACGUGUAGCUUUUCCCAUGGACCCACCGUCCCGACCCUACGCCUUAUUGGAGGAAGCAGUAUGUAUGAGGGCCGAGUGGAAGUCUAUCAUGCCGGUCAGUGGGGAACUGUGUGUGAUGACCAAUGGGAUGAUGCAGAUGCCGAAGUCAUCUGCAGGCAGCUAGGCCUGAGUGGUGUUGCCAAAGCUUGGAAUCAGGCAUAUUUUGGGGAAGGAUCAGGCCCGAUAAUGUUGGAUGAAGUUCGCUGCACUGGGAAUGAGCUUUCUAUUGAGCAGUGCCAAAAGAGUUCCUGGGGAGAGCAUAACUGUGGCCAUAAAGAAGAUGCUGGAGUGUCCUGCACCCCUUUGACAGAUGGGGCCAUCAGACUUGCAGGUGGGAAAGGCAGCCAUGAGGGUCGCUUGGAGGUGUAUUACAGGGGACAGUGGGGCACAGUCUGUGAUGAUGGCUGGAUGGAACUGAAUACAUAUGUGGUUUGCCGACAGCUGGGAUUUAAAUAUGGCAAACAAGUGCCUGCAAACCAUUUUGAGGAGAGCAGAGGACCCAUAUGGCUGGAUGAUGUCAGCUGCUCAGGAAAGGAAACCAACUUCAUGCAAUGCACCAGGAGGCCGUGGGGAAGACAUGAUUGCAGUCAUCAGGAGGACGUUGGUGUCACCUGCCACCCCAGCAGCGAUGGACACAGACUGUCCCUGGGUUUUCCUAUCAGACUGAUGGAUGGGGAAAACAAGAAAGAAGGACGAGUGGAGGUCUUUAUCAGUGGCCAGUGGGGAACAAUUUGUGAUGAUGGAUGGACUGAUAAGGAUGCCACUGUGGUCUGUCGACAGCUUGGUUACAAGGGACCCGCCAGAGCAAGAACUAUGGCUUAUUUCGGGGAAGGCAAAGGACCCAUCCAUGUAGAUAAUGUGAAGUGCACAGGAAAUGAGAGAUCCUUGGUUGACUGCAUUAAACAAGAUAUUGGCAAACACAACUGUCGCCACAGUGAAGACGCAGGAGUUAUUUGUGAUUAUUUUGGAAAGAAAGCAUCAACUAGCAGUAAUAAAGAGUCCUUUUCAUCUAUGUGUGGUUUGAGGCUAUUACAUCGUCGACAGAAGCGGAUCAUCGGUGGAAAAAAUUCUUUAAGGGGUGGUUGGCCUUGGCAAGUUUCCCUUCGGCUGAAAUCAUCCCACGGAGACGGUAGGCUUCUUUGUGGGGCCACUCUCCUGAGUAGCUGCUGGGUCCUUACAGCAGCUCACUGUUUCAAGAGGUAUGGAAAUAGCACAAGGAACUACGUUGUUCGAGUUGGAGAUUAUCAUACUCUAGUGCCAGAGGAAUUUGAAGAAGAAAUUGGUGUUCAGCAGAUUGUGAUUCACCGCGAGUAUCGACCAGACAGCAGUGACUAUGAUAUUGCCCUGGUUCGAUUACAAGGGCCUGAAGAACAAUGCGCCAGAUUCAGCAGCCAUGUUCUGCCAGCUUGUUUACCACUCAGGAGAGAGAGGCCACAGAAAACAGCUCCAAAUUGUUACAUAACAGGAUGGGGAGACACAGGACGAGCCUAUUCAAGAACUCUACAACAAGCAGCUAUCCCAUUGCUUCCCAAGAGGUUUUGUGAAGAACGCUAUAAAGGUCGGUUCACAGGGAGGAUGCUGUGUGCUGGAAACCUCCAUGAAACCCAGAGAGUGGACAGCUGUCAAGGAGACAGUGGAGGCCCACUCAUGUGUGAACGACCUGGAGAGACAUGGGCUGUAUUUGGGGUGACCUCUUGGGGCUAUGGCUGUGGAGCAAAGGAUUCUCCUGGUGUUUAUACCAAAGUCUCAGCCUUUGUACCUUGGAUAAAAAGUGUCACCAAACUCUAA